AUGGCGGGUUUGAAGAGCCCCAGAGUCAGGGACGACAAGACGAAAAAGCGGAAGCGCGAGGCGAAUGACUCUGAGACCAAGGCGAAGCGGCAUCGACAACAAGCCCGCCAAGGGAAAGCGAAUGGCGACGAGGGUGAUUCGGAGUCUGACAGGCUAAUUGAAGCCGACUCGCUCCUGGAAGUUGCCGUGACGAGCCAAGGGGACCUGGUCGGGCACCUCGAAAAUGGAGAGGCAGGCUGGAGAAUCUCGAAACCCAUGGGAGGGCGGAUGCUGGACAUUGAUCCGAUUCUAACGGCGGAUGACCGCUAUCUCAUCCUGACCUACAACACUUCGAUCCAAGUCUAUACUGCCAUCGACUCGUUGCUUGUCAGGCGGAUACCGAUCACCACUCUCGAUACCUCUGCGCCGCAGGGGUCAACGCCUGCCACGAUUAUCGCGACUCGGCUCUCUGCGCAAGACCCCAACUUUGCCUGGGUUGCCUGCUCGGAUGGCCAAGUUUACCAUGUCGACUGGACCCAGAGCACGGAAGCUCCGACAAGCUUCAAGACUGCGUCCGGCACUGCCAAGGCAAUGGCCGUGAUAUCCGCGCAACGCCAGGGUAAAGGAGAAGACACCAUCUUGGUGGUCGAGUCCGACAAGGAGCAUCGCAUGGAAGUCGUGGCAUACCAGGGAAAGACUGGGACUACCACGGCAUCCAAGAGCUUGCUGGCUCUCAAGAAGUAUGGCGCCGGACUGCAGCUGCUGGAAGCCAGCACAGACGGCCAAGUUCUUAUCGGCGCAUUCCACGAUCGCUUGUUCCUCGGCGUGGCUUCUCAACCCGGCACUGGCAAACUUGAAGAUCUACAGUACGAGUUUUACUCGUUUGACAUCCCGGAUCUCAUCACCUCCCUGAGCCUGCGGGUUCACAAGAAGUCCAACAGUCGAAAGGUGCAAACUGGGUUCGACAAGGCGGUUGACGUCGUUGCUGGUGGCGCACGUGGAGCCAUAUAUGUAUAUAGCGAUGUGCUCUCGCGUCUCCAGGCCGCAGGCAAGUCGCAAGCGGCGAAAGAUGGUGUGCAAGUGCAGCGACUGCAUUGGCAUCGCCGAGCCGUCCACGCCGUAAAGUGGUCUCGCGACGGAAACUACAUUCUCUCCGGUGGCUCAGAGAAUGCCCUUGUCUUGUGGCAAGUGGACACGGGCAAAAAGGACUUCCUCCCGCAUCUGUCGGGCAGUGUGGAAAACAUUGUGGUCUCCUCAUCAGGGUCAUCAUAUGUAAUUCACCUCGACGACAACUCUUGCAUGAUUCUCUCAACUGCCGAGAUGAAGCCGACCACGUACGUGUCCGGCAUUCAAUCCGCGGCCAUCGAUGUGGCGACGCCCAAGGACCUCUUGGUGAAGCGGACCUGGAGCACCGCGGACCAAGUCAGGCGACCGAUCCCGGCUGCAAUCAAGCCUUCAGACCCGUCAAAACUUCACGUCUGCGUCGGUAACGGCCGUCAAGCCUCCAUGGCUGGCGAUUUCUCGGCGCCGCUGCUUCAGACGUUCGAUCUCGACUCGUUUACGAGCGUGACGAAACAGGCGCUUGCCCGCACGCAGACGACAGCCCACAAUAUGACCAGCAAGGGCCACACAAUCGACGAGCCUUUGGUCAGCCAUAUCGCCUUCUCCGGGGAUGGGAAGUGGCUGGCUAGCGUGGACGAGUGGACGCCGUCAACAAAGGAUCUGGAAAGUGUGAGCAGCGACUUGCGAGAGCAAUUCAUCCGCGAGAGACGAGAGAUCUACCUCAAAUUUUGGGAGGUCCGCGACAGCGACGCGUCGGUUGCUUUGGUUUCCAGGAUUAACACUCCCCACGCCACGAACCAGCCCGAAUCAGUCCUUGAUCUCGCCUCAGAUCCCACCUCGACGUCGUUUGCCACCAUUGGAGCGGAUGGCAUCGUGCGGGUGUGGCGACCCAAGGCUCGCCAACAGAAUGGCCUCGCUGUCAAGGGGAUGGAGGGUCACGACACUGUCACCUGGGGCUGCUCGCAUAUCAUCGCCGUAGGCGACUACGUCGGCAAGGAGGCUGGGACGGAGAUUUCAACAACCACAGCCCCAGCCAAGACACAGGGAAGCAUCACGUUUUCGGAAGAUGGCUCGACUCUCUUCGCGGCCUUUGGAGCCACCGAUGUUGGCGUGGUCUACGUUAUCGAUGCUGCCAGCGGCCAAAUCGUCAAGGUGCUGGAGGGAUUGUGGAGCGGCCAGCUGCAGUCGAUCCGCGCACUCUCUUCGUUCGUUCUUGUCCUGUCCAAGGACUUGCGCGUCUACGAUGUGGUCGGGGACGAGCUGCAGUAUGGCAUCGUCAUUCCCGAGAUACCAGGAGUCAACGAGCUCCUUCAGCUUGCCGUGGACCACACAUCCGGCCACUUUGCCGUCACAUUACCCAUCGGCGGCAUAUCCAGCGUGGGCAUCUUCGACCCAGAGGACCCGGAGCCGCUGCUGGUGCGAAGCACUCCGCACAGAAUCGUCAGCCUGGUCUCCGCCCCCGCGACGAGCGGCUUUAUCGCCCUGGACGAUGCCGCCCAGGUCUGGGUGAUUGCCGAGGGAUCUGAUCCGUCGGCGUUGACGACUGUACAGCCGCUGCAGGAUCUGCAGCUCGAUGGGCCGGCUGUUGAUGACAACAAGAAGGACAUCAUCCUCGACGUCGACGACGCGGAGAUGGCCAGUGACGAGGAGAUGGAUGACCAGGUGCCGGAAGACGAGGAAGACGUGGACAUGGACGACAAUGACUUCCACCCGAGCGUCAUCCCACAGCAGUACCUUGCGGACAUCUUCGAUGCCGCCCCUGCCUUUGCCGCGCCGUCGGUGGAGGACAUGUUCUAUAAGGUGACGGGGCUGCUUGCAACCAAGCCGCUGUCUUCUGGCUCAACAUGA